AGGUCAGUUUGGCUCAGUGCAAGUGAUUUAAAUUCUGAACUCUGAGAGUCUUGGGCGCUAACUGCUGCUGUAUCAAGCCUCUUGUGUCAGAGUGGGUUGGUAAGCGAUGGGGAAAACCAGGAAACCAGGGCUAUGGCACAGUCCUUAACUUUGGGAUGUGAGGGAAAGACCUGGAGCGUGCUGUCAGCCUGGGCUAGGGUGCAGGGAGGAGCCGGGGAGGGAGGGAAGGAAAGAGGGAGGACGCAGCAGGAGAGGGGAGAGGGGCUGGUGGAGCGCAGAGGGCGCCUCGUAGGGCGCCUGGCGGGCGCACCGGGUCCCGGGUGGCCGAGAAUGGUGUGAGUGGCGGCGGCCAGGCUGCCCUGUGCUAUGAGGACUCUUCUGAGAUGAGCAGCCCACGCAGAGCGCUGUAUGCGCCUCUCCGGAGAUCACUGAGCGAGCAGCUGCGGGACUCCAGCGCCAGAGCCUGGGAUCUGCUGUGGAGGAACGUCCGUGAGAGGCGGCUGGCAGAAAUCGAGGCGAAGGAAGCAUGUGACUGGCUGCGAGCUGCCGGGUUCCCACAGUACGCUCAGCUGUACGAAGAUUCGCAGUUUCCCAUCAACAUUGCGGCUGUCAAAAAAGACCAUGAUUUUCUUGAAAGGGACCUUGUAGAACCUCUUUGCAGACGACUUAAUACGUUGAACAAGUGUGCCUCAAUGAGACUUGAUGUGAACUUCCAAAGGAAAAAGGGCGACGACUCGGAUGAGGAAGACCUGUGCAUCAGCAACAAAUGGACUUUCCAGAGAACCAGCCGCAGGUGGUCCCGUGUGGAUGACCUGCAUCCGCUCCUCCCCGGGGCAGACAGAAACGGGUCCCCAGGAGGCCCUAGGAUGAGAAACACGGCCAGCAGUGAAAGCGUGCUCACAGAUCUGAGCGAGCCUGAGGUCUGCUCCAUCCACAGCGAAAGCAGCGGAGGCAGCGACGGCCGCGGCCAAUCGGGGCAUCAUUUUGCUGAUGGCACGCCUGUGUUGGAGGGCACCCUAGUCGGUGGCAGCCUCCCACAGUCUCCCCGAGACAGUCUCAGCCAGUCUUUUCACCCCAAGAAUGAGAAACCCACCAGGACCAGGGCCAAGUCAUUUCUGAGACGCAUGGAUACCCUGAGAGUGAAGGGGGCACUCGGGAGGCAUAAGGGACCAGGGCGAACAGGAGGCCUCGUUAUCAGCAGGCCCAUGCUGCAGCAGGAGCCAGAGUCCUUUAAGACCAUGCAGCAUGUCCAGAUACCCAACGGAGAUCUGCAGACCUCACCAGCAGCUGCCUGCAAGAAAGGCCUUCCAGGCUCCAGUAAAUCAAGCGGUGAGAACAGCCCCUUGGAGAGCAGCAGCCGUGUGAGCACCCCAUGUAUGAAGGAACGCAAGUGCCAACAGGAGGCCAGCAAGCGCGGUGGCAUGUACCUGGAGGACCUGGAUGUGCUGGCAGGGACGACAUUACCAGACACAGGGGACCAAAACCACAUACACGGGUUUCACUCGCAAGAGAACCUGGUGGUCCAUGUUCCCAAGGAUCACAAACCAGGAACAUUCCCCAAGGCACUGUCUAUAGAAAGCCUCUCGCCCACAGACAACAGCAAUGGGGUUAACUGGAGGACCGGGAGUAUCUCCCUGGGUAGGCAACAGGGCCCUGGCAUGAGGGAACCUAGACUCGUGUCAUCCUGCCACAGGGCCAGCAGAGUCAGUAUCUAUGACAACGUGCCCAGCUCACAUCUGUAUGCCAGCACUGGAGAUCUGUUGGACUUGGAGAAAGACGGCCUCCUUCCACAGCUGGAUGACAUUAUACAGCAUGUCAAUGGCAUACAAGAGGUAGUGGAUGACUGGUCAAGAAAUAUCUUGCCUGAACUGCAAAGCCACGAUGCAGUGGCAGGGGACCCUGGUCAACCCCCAUUUCAGUCUCCUCAUCAGAUCACUUUAGAUUUUGAAGGCAACUCUGUCUCGGAAGGUCAGACAACACCUAGUGAUGUGGAAAGGGACAGGACUUCUCUGAAUGAAUCGGACACCACGGGGGUCAGAGAAAGAAGGGAUUCUGGUGUGGGGGCCUCUCUGACCAGGCCAAACAGGCGCCUAAGGUGGAGUAGCUUCCAGCUCUCACACCAGCCUCAGCUGUCUCCGGCCACGCCCCACAUCAGCAGCCAGACGGCCGCCCAGCUGAACCUGCUCCAGCGCUUUUCUCUGCUUCGCCUCACAGCCAUCAUGGAGAAGUACUCCAUGUCCAACAAGCACGGCUGGACCUGCCUGUCUGCACAGAGCGCCCCGGGGGCCUUGCAUGACCUGGUUUCUGUGAAUUCCAGGUCCGUCCCAAAGUUCAUGAAGAGAAUCAAAGCUCCUGACUACAGAGACAAGGCUGUCUUCGGUGUCCCGCUCAUAGUCCAUGUCCAGAGAACAGGACAGCCCCUGCCUCAGAGCAUUCAACAAGCACUGAGGUAUCUACGUAGCAACUGUCUGGAUCAGGUGGGUCUUUUCCGAAAGUCAGGAGUGAAGUCUCGAAUCCAUGCCCUGCGUCAGAUGAAUGAGAACUUCCCUGACAACGUGAGCUAUGAAGACCAGUCUGCCUAUGAUGUGGCAGAUAUGGUGAAGCAGUUCUUCCGGGACCUCCCUGAGCCCCUUUUCACCAACAAGCUCAGUGAGACCUUCCUCCACAUCUAUCAGUACGUCCCCAAAGAACAGCGGCUGCAGGCCGUGCAGGCAGCCAUCCUCCUGCUAGCAGACGAGAACCGGGAGGCCCUGCAGACGCUCCUGUGCUUCCUGCAUGACGUAGUGAACUUGGUGGACGAGAAUCAGAUGACGCCCAUGAAUCUGGCCGUGUGCCUGGCCCCCUCCCUCUUUCACCUCAACUUGCUGAAAAAAGAAAGUUCCCCAAGAGUCAUCCAGAAGAAAUACGCCACUGGGAAGCCAGAUCAGAAAGACCUCAAUGAAAAUCUAGCCGCAGCUCAGGGGCUCGCCCACAUGAUCACGGAGUGCAACCGACUCUUCGAGGUUCCACACGAGAUGGUGGCCCAGUCUCGUAACUCCUACUUAGAGGCUGAGAUCCACGCGCCCAGCCUAGAAGACUUGGGAACGCAGCUGGCAGAGAACGGGGCAACUUUUCACACGUACCUGGAGCAUCUUGUCCAAGGCCUCCAGAAAGAGGCUAAGGAGAAAUUCAAGGGGUGGGUCACGUGUUCCAGCCCUGACAACACGGACCUUGCUUUCAAAAAGGUGGGGGACGGGAACCCGCUGAAGCUGUGGAAGGCAUCCGUGGAGGUGGAGGCACCGCCCUCCGUGGUGUUGAACCGCGUGCUGAGAGAACGUCACCUGUGGGAUGAGGACUUCGUGCAGUGGAAGGUCGUGGAAACGUUGGACAGACAGACUGAAAUCUACCAGUACGUGCUAAACAGCAUGGUUCCACACCCCUCCAGAGACUUCGUGGUGCUCAGGACCUGGAAGACCGAUUUGCCCAAAGGAAUGUGCACCCUGGUGUCCCUGUCUGUGGAGCACGAAGAAGCCCAGCUCAUGGGUGGUGUGCGGGCGGUGGUGAUGGACUCUCAGUACCUGAUAGAGCCCUGCGGCUCCGGCAAGUCCAGGCUGACCCACAUCUGCAGGAUAGACCUGAAAGGCCACUCCCCAGAAUGGUACAGCAAAGGCUUCGGACACCUCUGUGCCGCAGAAGUUGCCAGAAUUAGGAACUCUUUCCAGCCUCUCGUUGCUGAGGGUCCAGAAACAAAAAUCUAAGCUUUCCCCAGCGUGAACUCAAACUCAGGGAACAAGAAGAGAAAGGGAGACUCUCAGUGUGGGGCGUGCACGCAUGUAAAGGAGCGCCGCAGUGGGAGCCGGAGGUCACGAGACCGUGGAGGCCGUUCCUAGCCUGCCCGGAGAUGAUAAACCCUACUAAUAUAAUGUCGCAGAACAUUUAUCUAUAUUGCUUAAAAUUAAAUGGGUUAUUCCUUCCGCAUUGCCUAAUUUGCUAAUUUAAAGGCUUCUAAGAAGCGUGUCUUAGCUGUAAAUAAAUGUACUGUAGCAUUUGUAUAUGUGUGUAUAUCUCCCCUUACUGUAUAUAUGUAAAAUACUGGUUUUAUAUAGAACUCUGUGUCUGACUCUGUGAGACUUCUCACAUGGCACUUCCAAGGUUGCUGUAGACCCCGUGUCCCUCCCGUCCUCCCGCUGAGCGGAGCCUGCUGACAGACACCAAACGUGGGAAAUGUGUGGUCUGUCAGUCUGCCCAUGCUCACCCAAAGAUUAGCUAACCAAAGAAAAACAGAGUUAAAAGCUUCUUCCACGGGUUGGCCUAUUUCCGAUGUUUAAGGACUGCAGCGGGGUGUUGACAUAAAUUGAGGGAAAUAAUAUUAGCUUCUCUUUAACACGAAGUGGCAGGUGAGAGAUAUUUGCCAAAUCCAAGGCUAGAUUUUGCGUUGCCUCUGAGCCCACUCAGAUGCAGUUUGAGUGAGAUGUCAAGUGACUGUUGGAGUUGGCACCAGGGACUGAAAUAAAACUAGGACCACCCACCCCCUACAUAGGGGUGAACAGCGGAACCUGUCCUCAGAGGCAAAGGGAGCCCCCACAUCCUCUUGAGACACAGAUAGGUCUUGUAAUGCUGUUUAGUCAUCUGUUUGACCAGUGGCCCAUGGGGCCACAGUUAUUUAACACGUUCUUGCACUGACCUUGACUCUGGACACCAGACAAAGUGAGAGGAGGCUCUACCAAGCGUCCAGGGUCAUCAGAGCUUCAGGGAAUUCCAAGUACCCUAUAGAUGAUGCUCUUAGAACCUAAGCCAUUAAAGAAGCCUUGCAAUCUAAGAGACAGGGUUUUAGACUGACAGAAGACCAAAGCUCUAUCAUUAGUUAUUUAUAAGUUUCAGGCUGAUGUGUCAAUCCCACGUUUCCUCACUAUCUGGCACCAGCACCCCAAUCUUAUUUAUUUUUGUACAGAAUGAGCAAGCUGGCUUUUCUCAACCAAGAGAGGAUAGAGUUGGUUUUUUGUUUUGUUUUGUUUUUUAUUGUGAUAUGACAUCUGUAGAAAGAUAACUUAUUAUGUCCGAUCUCCAGGAAAGAUUGUCUUAGGCUGUCUAGACAAAGAUUGAGAUCCUAAUUCAGCAACUGGUGUCGGAAGACAAGGAGAAAAACAGACAUGUGUUUUCCCGGUUUUUGUUGUUGUGUUACAUACACUAAUGCAGUGUUUUCUUUUAUCCGUGGUGUGUAAUCAUUUUAUUGGGAGGAAUAAAGUUGUUUUCUGUAUAUUUGGUAUGGCACAGGGAAAACCCAGGGUAGGAGUUUUUCAUUCCCGUGUCUACCUGGGACAGUGGCAGUCAGACCACAAGUUGCCUCCUGGGCAGCUCUCAGUGGACUGGACAAAUUUACUUCUUCUAUUACAUCAUGGCUGCCAUUGGAAAGCAGAGCGGGCACCCAGGACAACUAGCGUCGUUUCUCAGGGAGUUGGCAUGCACUGGGAAUCCCCUAACGGCCUUGUUAACAGGCUCCGGUCCAGGCCUCGUGGGUGGGCCUGGCCUUCAGUGUCUCUGAUGAGCCUGAGGGAUGCAGGGUUGCUGGUCUCGAGGACAUACUUUGAGAAACAUGGAUCUAGGGAAUGCUAAAACCGAAUCAGAUGACAUGAUUGUGUUUCCCAGCCCCUUCCUCUUCCAACUUAGCUGACUUUCCGAUUUUAUGCACGCACUAAUCACAUCAUUUCCGCUAACCACAGGGUGCAUCUUUCAAAUAAAGGAAAGGGGAGGGGGAAAUGAUGCCUCGUCGCGCUUGUCUGUCAACUACCACAGUAUUUUAUUCAUUGUUAUCUUGUUGAUGGAAAUAAAAAUAUUGCAUUUAAAUAUUAUAUUUAUACCUCAUGUAUAUCUUUACCUCGAUUGUUGGUAUCAAUCAUCAGUUGUAAAUAAAUAAUUGCCAAGGCAGAUAAAUUUAUAUACAUUAAAUAUUUCCUAUUUUCUAUAA